AUGCGUCCCCUCGAUCCAGCAAUCCCGCGAUCAACCCCCAACAACGCAGCCUGUGGACAGUUUUACCGUCGAGCUAUAACCAGCAAAAGUUUAACAUUUGUUAUUGUAAUAGCCGCCAUAGCCGUAUUUGGUCUUGUGUCGGUUCUCGUCGUCGUCUUUGUCAGAAUACGCCGUCGUCGCAGCUCCUCCCAGGGCCAAGAUGCGGACACUGGUGGGCAGUGGCCGGUUCUCCGCGUUUUAGGGCGGACGCGAUUUGGCCGGCAGAGAUACGAACAAACCUCUAGCAACAAUCCUGACAGCGAAGCUCGCAUUCACCAACUACAACCAACGACGCCGCCCGCAAGGGGUGCGAGGAGCCGACUGCGAUGGUCACAGCAAUCUGGGGCCACAGCAACACCUGCAACGCGGAUUGGGGCCACCGUCGACCGAAACACUUCUAUACGCUCUGUCAUGACAUUACCCGCGUACCGUCCCACGGCCGGUAAUAAUGAACAAGUUCUUGGAAGAGAAGGCGACAGAGAUGGGGUUGACGUUAUCGUUGACUUUCCUACAGCUGAAGAGGAGGAAGCCCUACGAGAGGAAGAAAUGGAAGCCAUUUACCAAAUACGAGUUGCCAGGCGCGAACAGAUCGCAGAACGUGACGAUCUGAGGCGACAGCGUCGCGAAGCUCGAGAUCGAGGAGACAGCGAUGCCUUGGCCCAAGCGAGAGCCCGGUCUCGCGCUGCUAGCAACAACAGCAACUUUGACGAACUCCGCCAGGAGGUUAGUCGUAUUCAAGACCAGCGACAAAGAUCUGUCUCUAGCGUGUCGUACGCAGAUUUGGGUGUCGCGAGGCACGAUGGGACUCGUCUAAGGGCAAAUAGUAAUGAAAGUGAACGCAUGGGGCUACUCUCCGACGCUGCCAGCAUCGCAAUUUCAACUCGAUCUGAGCUUCGUUCCCCGGGCCUGCAUCGGCGAGAUCGAAGUGCAAGCUCUCUAGUCAGUGUUGAUAGCGAAAUGCUUCCGGAUUCGUUGACCAGGGCACACGGGCCUUCACCAUCUACAACACCAAGAUUAUCAAGCGGAGAAUUGGCAGCCGGAUCCAGCCCAGAUUUGGCAGAGUCCGAUCUGGGAGCGGAGCCAACUCCUCCACCAGAGUAUGAAGAAGUGUCUCUUGAAGAUGAUGCGGGCGAAUUCGCCAGGUCGACGACACCGUUGAACGGACCCCCGCCAGAUUACUCUGGACCUGGCCGACGCAUCUCGCAAACCGAAGACACAAGGACGGGAUAUAUUGAUGCAACUGCCGCAGAUCAAGGAAUGACCCACACAUCACAACGACCAUCUAGAGGCGUUGGAGGAAUACCUCAGUUGCCGAGCCUACGCAUUUCUUCGCUUCCGGCUAUUGUGAUACAGUCAACGAACGAAGACUCGCCCGGACGUAGUGAUUAA